CUUCCGGAAACCCAGCAAAGCGGAGGAGGCCACCAGCACACGCCCGCCCGCGCACACAAGGCCUGCCCGCCCCCGCACGGACAACGGGACAGGGCAUACAAGCCGAGCCAUCGCGCGCGCGAGAGCAGAGCAGAGGACACACGACCCAGCAAAGCGGGCAGGGCUGCCAUGGCCGUGCCGCUGCCUCACCUCCCCAACCUCAUCAUCGCCCUUCUCCCCCUCCUGUAGACACCCAUCAUUGCACUCCACUCCCCCACCGCGAUCGUGUCGUCGUGUCCCCAGCUCCCGCCCCCCUCUCCCACUCCCCCCUCGUCUUCUUGCUCCUGCACCGCCCCCGCCCACGCUAUAUAUAUCGCCGCCGGCUUCCUCCAGCUCGGCCCCGACCUCACCGCCACCGCACAGUACCGCUGCAGAGCCAUGGUGAACGCCUUCUUCGCGACCCUGGCGCGGGGGCUGGACGACCUGAGCGGCGCGGGCGGGCUGUCGUCGCUGCCGGCGCUGUUGCGUGCGGCCGCGCUGCUCAGGGGCCUGCACUCGCAGCUCAUGGUGCUCGUCGGCCAGCUCCACCUGCCGCCCGGCGGCCGGUGGCUGGACGAGUACAUGGACGAGACGGCCCGCCUCUGGGACGCCUGCCUCGCCGUCAAGCUCGGCCUCGCCGCCGUCGAGCGCUACUGCGCCGCGGCUUCCUGCGCGGCCGCCGCCCUCGACGACUGGCUCCAGGACCCCUCCCCCCUCUCCACCCGCCAGGUGAUGCGGGCGAUCUCGGCGUCGAGGAGGGAGGCCAUGGCGGCGGAGGAGGAGAACCGGGCGCUGUCCGAGUCGAGGAUCGCGCCGCUGUCGCUGCAGCUGGACGAGCGGCGCGCGGCCGACGCGAGGCUCAGCGGCUUCAACGGCUUCCGCGGGCUGCUCUACGCGCUGCACAACGCCAGCUCCCUCCUCCUGCUCAUCCUGGCCGGCGGCGCCGUCGCGGGGUCCCCGCGCUCGCCCUCCGACGGCGGCGCGGACACCAACGACGACGGGUUCAUGUCCUCCAUCGCGACGCUGCAGAAGCGGAUGGCGGAGGAGGCCGCGGGCGACGACGGCGGCGACGGCGCGCCGGGGAUGAUCCGGAUGCAGGAGCUGCGGCGCGCGCGGGCGGCGGCGGAGGCGGCGCGGGAGGAGGUGGAGCGCGCGGCGGCGGCGGGCGGCAAGUGCGCUGUCCUUGACGGCGCGGUGAAGGACAAGGCCGGGGAGCUGAAGGCGUGGCUGGAGGUGCUCCGCGCCGGCACGGACGGGCUGGCGUGCCAGCUGGACGACUUCCUGGACGACAUCGUGGAGGGCCGCAAGGAGCUCUCCGACCUUUGCAGCCACUGACGGCCGAGCCGAUCAACUCCAUGGAUGAAAUGAUGGUGGUUCCUGCCGCCUGCUUGCCUGGCGGCAACGCGUGGUGGUGGUGGUGGUGUACAAGUAAAGCAAUGCUGCUCCGGCCCAUAAGUGGCGGCAGUACGUAGUCGUAGGCGUCUUUUGCAGUGCCGGUCUGGUCUGGGGAUCGGAGAGUGGAGUGGAGUGUGGCAGCGUUUUGGUCAGGUCAUCAUGUCGUUGCUCUGCUACUUCCUUCCUUUCUUGCUGGCUGCUGUACCCUGUACGUACGUACGUGCUACGCUGUGCUGUGCUGUGUGUGUCCCUCAGACUCUGCCAUGCAAGUAGAGCAUGCGUACCACUACCAGAUGAGAGAGAUGGCUGCAAGGAAAGGCUAGUUUGUA